AUCAUACAGUUAUACAUAGAAUUGAAAGCAUGAGUCUGAUUGAUUUUAAUGAGCUUUGGAUAAUGUCCUAGAUAUUUAUUUAUUUAUUUAUCUGUUACUUAACAAGUAAUGGACAUUCUCCCGCAUGUGUACAUGGUAAAAUUAAUGGCUGUAUUUGGGACCAGGAUGAUCCCUUAUCACCUUCACUAUCCUCAGGACACUGCACAUUAGCAAGGAACUUCUUCAAUAUUCAUCAGUACUAAAUAAGAAUUGUCCAUUGAGAAUGAACAAUUAUAGGUCACAUGGUCCCAGGGAGGAUGCAUUGGGAGGCCUCCCUUUUUCUGUCUUCCCCUAUGUUUCUCUCUGUGCACAAGGUGACUCUAUUCUUUUUCCCACAGAUCAUGUAUCCAGAGGCAUCACACAGGGGGGGAAGAUAUCCCAGGAGACAUUUAUAGACAGUUAUGACCCAAGUGUCCUUCGAAGGGUGCAAUACAUGCUCUAUGAAAUCAAGUGGAGCAAUAGCAAAAGGCCCUGGCAGAGCUGUUGCCAUAGCACUCGAACAGAGCAUGCUGAAAUCCACUUCAUAGAAGAUGUCUUUCAGGAGCAAAGAUCUGAUCCUUCUGCCCACUGCUCCAUCACCUGGUACAUGUCCUGGAGUCCCUGUGGGGACUGCUGCAAGGAAAUCAGGGAUUUCCUGAAGGACCAGCCUAAUGUGAAUCUAGUUAUUUAUGUAGCACGGAUCUACUGGCACAAAGUGGAAACCAAUCGUCAGGGUCUACGGAGCUUGGUGAACAUUGGAGUGACCAUCCGAGUCAUGGACCUCCCAGCUUAUAGCUACUGUUGGAGAACAUUUGUUGAUGAUGACGACGAUGAGGAUGAAGAUGAUUAUUGGCCCAGGCACUUUGCUCCAUGGAUAAUGCUAUAUUCUCUCGAACUCCAGUCCAUCCUUCAGAACAUGCCGUCUUGCUUAAAGAUUUCACCAGGUGAGAACCAGACUCCAGUUUUCAGCCUAUGUGUAGAAGAUGAUCAACAGAAAAGAGCACUCACAUCAAUAGUCUUGGAGACUAUAGUGAGAGAAAGCCAUGGCUGCUGGCUGGAAAGGAGAUCAUGUAUCCAGAGGCAUCAGGCCGGGGUGAGAAUGAAAGCACCAUACCCACAUUCUCCCAAGAUUAUAGGCAAAGAGGGAGCUGGAAAGAGUCAGAUCUCUGUCCUCUCAUCAGUGUGGGGGAAGAUAUCCCAGGAGGCAUUUAUGGAGAAUUAUGACCCAAGUGUCCUUCCCAAGGAGACUUACCUGCUCUAUGAAAUAAAAUGGAGCAGUAGCAAAAGGCUGUGGCAGAACUGUUGCCAUAACACCGUCACAGAGCAUGCUGAAAUCUACUUCCUGGAAGAUAUCUUUAAAAAGCAAAGAUCUGAUCCUUCUGACCACUGCUCCAUCACCUGGUACAUGUCCUGGAGUCCCUGUGGGGACUGCUGCAAGGCAAUCAGGGGUUUCCUGAAGGACCAGCCUAAUGUGAAUCUAGUUAUUUAUGUAGCACGGAUCUACUGUCACAAAGAGGAAAACAAUCGUCAGGGUCUAAGGAGUCUAGUGAACAUCGGAGUGUCCAUCCGAGUCAUGGACCUCCCAGCUUAUAGCUACUGUUGGAGAACAUUUGUUGAUGAUGAGGACGAGGAUGAAGAUGAUUAUUGGCCCAGGCACUUUGCUCCAUGGAUAAUGCUAUAUUCUCUCGAACUCCAGUCCAUCCUUCAGAACAUUCCGUCUUGCUUAGAGAUUUCAUCAGGUGAGAACCAGACUCCAGUUUUCAGCCUAUGUAUAGAAGAUGAUCAACAGAAAAGAGCACUCACAUCAGCCAAUCCCUGAUAGCCGCUAGUAUCCUGGUCUGGGCAGCCAACCAGUCUCUGGAAGCCAUGAGUGUCUUGAACCAGGCCAUCAUGAGGGCGGGAUGUUAACAUUAGAAUGUUUAAUAAUUUCAAUUUUAGUUACUCUUAGCCAUUUCCUUCCCAUUUCUUGAGCUUGUAGCCUUUUGAAAAGUGAAUCAUGUUUAAAUGUUUAAUGUACAGUGACUGGGUCAUGUUAACACCUGUGACUCAAUGUACGGGUUUAUUCCAUCACAGUUAUCACAAGAGUGUCCUGCUUAUUCUGCAGCCACUGCUGUUUCACCAAAUGAACAUAACUCUAUAUGGUUUGCUUUGUGUAAGCAGUUUAUAAGGAACUAAUUCAUUAUUCGAUAACAUAUGCAAAGACCUUAAGAGAGAAUUUAUUCUCCAGGAUUAUUUUUCUGAAUGACUUUUCUCUUGAUAGAUUUCUAGGUUUUACUUUCUCUGUCUUUUGUCAACAUAACAUUUGAAUAAAAUAUC